UAAACUAGCGAAACAAAGUUAGAGAAUAAGUCCUUCCAAAUUAUACUCUCCGGUCUAGAAGGAUAUUGAGCAUCGUUUUGGCUUCCAUGGAUGUCUCUCUGGUGGCUGCCCAUGGUUGUCCUGGCCUCAGUACAUCACUUAACCUGCCGCGCGAAGUGGCGCGAACUCGUGCUAAUCUCAGUGCUUCCAUUUCCAGCACUUGCUUUGCUGCUCUGCGUUCUUUUAGUUUUAAUAGUAAAGCGUUCCCUUGUGAAUCCUCAACAACAGACGUGAACGUUACACAAACUGCAACUAAUUCUGCAGAAAAUGGGUAUCCUCAAUAUCAUCGUUUGCUUCCAUGUACCUCAUUCAAUGUCCCACCACGAGUUGAACAUCUGGUCGUUUUGGAAGGGGGGCCUGUUAUGGAAUACAUCUCUAAAUCCUUGGAUCUUCCUCCUAUGUAUGUUGCAGAUCUCAUUCAUUUUGGUGCAGUAUAUUAUGCCCUAGUAUGCCCACAGCCUCCGCCAACUGCAUCCUCUGAGGAAAUUAGACUAUUCAAAAAAUUUACACAACCAUCAUUUUUGAUAGGGCGAAAAUCUAUCAAGGGGAAAACCUUGAGAGAAGCACAGAAGACUUUUCGGAUAACUCAUAUUGAUGAGUUUGUGGAAGUUGGAACAUACUUACGUGUUUAUGUGCAUCCCAAACGCUUUCCAAGGUGCUAUGAAGUUGAUUGGAAAUCAAGAAUUAUCGCUGUGACAGAUUCCUAUGUGGUUUUGGACAAACCUGCUGGUACAUCGGUUGGAGGCACUACUAACAACAUCGAAGAAACUUGUGUAACCUUUGCAACUCGUGCUUUAGGAUUAACAUCUCCUUUGUGGACUACCCAUCAGAUUGACAACUGCACUGAGGGCUGCGUCAUUCUUGCUAGGACAAAAGAAUAUUGCUCCAUCUUCCAUCGUAAAAUCAGAGAGAAAAAGGUUACGAAGCUUUAUCUUGCUCUUGUUGCGGUUCCCCUGCCAAAGGGAAUAAUGACACACUAUAUGCGGCCAAAUAAUUUGGCUCCUAGACUCGUUUCAAGAGAUUGUAUUGACGGAUGGAACUUGUGUCAGCUUGAGGUGUUGGAAUGCAGAGAGGUUUCAUGGCCAGAUGCUGAUAUUGAAGCAAAAUACAGUAUUGAAGAUUGUGGGUGGCCCUCCAAAAAGAAAGCAUUUGAAUGUAAAAUCAACCUCUUGACUGGUCGGACACAUCAGAUUCGAGCACAACUGGCUGAUUAUGGAGCACCAUUGGUUGGUGAUUCCAUCUACAUGCCUGCAGCAGUUGCAGAGAUGGCUAAUCCUGGGUUGAAUCCAUUUGGAAAAUGUAAGAAAGAGUAUACAAGCGAAGAAGAUAAAGAAAAUGCAGUGGCAGAGUGGAUUGCUCUUCACGGAAAAGAACCAGCAGUUGCUAUUGGACUGCAGGCCUAUGAGAUUUCAUGGGAUUCAGGGGAGCACAUAUACAAUGCUGGUACUCCAUGGUGGAGGCAGGAACAGUUAUAGCUCGAUAUCGACUCCAAGCCAUCAUUUUGCAUUAGCCAACAUUCUCCAAAUCUGGAAGUCGUGUACAGGCAGUUACCUUAAUAAUUCUCAUAUAACACUGGGGUGCUGCUUGGUUAGAUCACUUUCCUUGACGCAACUGCGAUGACAUUGUGACCCAUCAAAGUUCGGAAAAGAAAGCUUUGGAGUUCUCUUCAGAGUGCGAUGAUAAUCUUCAGGUAAAGCCCAAACCUUUCUGUUUGUAUAUCCAUUCGCCCAUUCAAAUUUGUCCAGCAAAGACUUAGGGAAUGUUCCCUCCCACGUAUGCUCCUUCUCUGAGCAAGCACCGCAUUAUAUACUAUCGGGAGAAGCUUCAAUUCAACCAUGGCCGCACAAAGAGAAGCUCUGGUUUUGAAUUGGACCAUUGGAUGGAUAUAGUUAACUCAAAAUUUUUGUUUCUAUAGAUACUCUGUGCCUCUGUGAAUGUAAUCAAAUUUGAUGUUAUAUCUAUGAAUUCAAAAGUAUAUUCUAUGAGUGGUGUUCCUCGAAGCAUUAGAUCUUUUGUCCAGCCCUUCCUCAAUCAUGGAGUGAAACUUUUUUGGGGCUAAAGCCCUUUCUCUAAAAAGUUAUUUGGUAAUGAAGUUGACACACUACGGUUUGGGUA